CUUCCCUGCUCAGUUUGACGGUGCAUCAAACAUCAGUUAGAGAAGCAUUACGGAAUCAGUGACAAAGAUCUCAACUGCUGGACAAAGAAAUAUUCUAGCUCCGUCUAAAAUGUGUGACCAUCAAGAGAAAGAAGGGAAACACAGAAAAAACAACAACUCAAAAGCUAAACAGGUGAAGCAGCAUCACCAUCAUCAAGUCCAUCACCACCAUCAUUACCAUCACCGGUCUGAUGACAACGUCAGCCAAGAAACCCUCUCAACAGUGGAUAGUGGUGAUCAUCAGCAGCACCACCGAAAUCACGGAGAAAAUGAUGGGAGCCAUUCUUCAUACACUCACCACAACCACUAUAGGCCAAAGCAUCGUAAUGCUUCUGUUUCAGAGACCUCAUAUGAUUCCUCAUCGUCAACAUUUUCUUCAUCAACAUCCUCUUCCUGUUCUUCUUCUUCUUCCUUUUCAUCUUCCUCCUCAUCAUUUUCGUCCUCCUCUACAACAUCAUCCUCCACUUCUAGCCUAUCUACUGGAAACACCAGUGACUCUUCAGAGAGAAACACUCACAGGAAGCCUCAGCAUUCCCAGUCUUUUACUGACAUUUCUAUGAAACAUCGGUAUUUUGAAGAAGAGGACGACACCAUCCCUUUAAUUGAUAAAAGAAGAAGUCUACACAGGUCAUCUGCUAAAAAGAAAAAACAAAUAGCGAAAUCCUCCCCCAGCUGCCCUAUUAAGACAGGCUUUAACGAUCAUCAAACAAGUGGUAUUGGGAAUAAUGGAAGCUUCCGCAAAACCAAAUCACUGGAAGAUCUCACAGCCUCUAAAGAAGAAGGAGGAAACGGAAGCAAUGAAUGCGAAGAUCAAGAGAUGAGCAAAAACGUGGCCAAAAAGAAUUUAGCUAAAGAAAAAAUGAAGUUUUCUGCCUUCCUUAAUGAGAUCACACGUCAGGUGCUUAGCCCAAUGAGACUCAACUCUCUUGGGGUGACAAACGCUCAAAGACCCUGGAGUCCAGGACAAGUCUCUGCCAGAUCCAGGGAGACAGACAGCAGCAAUGAUAGACUCAAACAACAGAGAAGCCGUGCUGCAAGUGCAGACUCGGCUUGUUCAAGCAGGCGUUCCCAUAACAGCAAGCAUUCCAAAUCUUCUCACCUGUCUCACUCUAAAGCUUCAAAUAAUCCUGGUCACCAUUCAGUAAGUCCAUCUGGUCCACUGAGACGGAGAAGCUGUCACUCAAGGUCUCCUGCUCAUGACCAUCAAUCCAGGUUGCCUUCUCGUAAGCAUUACCACCACCAUCAUUCCAACCACCAUCACCAUGACCAUAAAGACUGCAACAGCCCAAUUCAUCACCAAAGAUAUGACCGAGAAUCCAGACAUCACCAUCACCAUAGGCAACACAGCACACCACAUUUCCAUCAGUAUGGAGACAAGUAUCCCGAACAGCAUCGCUGUGCAAAUCACAGUCAUGACCACCAUGAAGAUAUUGUUAGCCCAAUUCAUCACCAUGAGAACCAUCAUAGUUCAGCUCACCACCAGCACAGUCAUUCAAACUCCUGCCCUACCACUCCACAUCUGCAUAGACGCCAUAGUUCCACAGGUGACAUUGGAGGUCAUCACAGUCCAACACGUCGACAUCAUCAUAAAGAACACAAGGAACGACCAAAUCGCUUUUCCAACGAAGACCAACACCAUACAGAUCAACAUCCAUCCCAUGAUGAUCAACAUAAUGAAACCAAAAAGCACCACCAUACAGACUCCCACAGGGAAGUUAAGCGGCGUCAUCAUGGAGAUCAACACAAUCAAGGUAUCCACCACAAUGGAAAUCGUAGAAGUGUAGGCCAUCACCAUCAUCAUCAUCAUCGUGAAGAUCACCAAAGUUCAGGCCACCAUCACCAUGAUGUUGUCCACCACAAUGCAGACCACCAUCAUCAUGGAGACCAUUCCAGUCGCAGCCAUCAUCACCAGCAAAAUCACAACAGUCCAGGCCCCCUUAUUGAUACAGAUCACCACAGUUUUGGUCAUCAUCAAGAUGCAGAGAGUCACCAUCAUGGAGACCACCAAAGUCUAGACCACCUUCAUCAUAGAGCACACCACAAUUCAGAUCACCAUCAUCAUGUAGACCAUUACAGUCCAAGCCAUCAUCAUCAUGGAGACCAUAAAAAAUCAGAUCACCAUCAGUAUGCAGAAAACAACCAUUAUGGAGACCAUCACAGUCUAGAUCAUCAUCAUGAUGUUGAGCACCAAAGUCUGGGUCACCGUCAUCAUGGAGGCCACCACAAUUCAGAUCACCAUCAUCAUCAUGGGGAACAUCAUCAUCAUGGAGACCACCACAAUUCAGAAAGUCAUCAUGGAGGCCAUCACAGUCCAGGCCAACGUCAUCAUGGAGACCACCACAUCGCAAGCCAUCAUCACCACCAAGACCACCACAGUCUAGGCUAUCAUCAUGAUGCAGACCACGAUCAUCAUGGAGACCACCACAAUUCAGACCACCCUCAUGAAGACCUCAACAGUCCAGGGCAUCAUCAUCAUAGAAACCACAACAGUCCAGAUCAUCCUCAUGAGGGAAAAACAAAUCCAGGCCAUCAUCAUUCAGACCACAAUAGUCCAGCCCGUCAUCAACAUGGAGACCAUCACAGUCAAGGUCAUCAUCAUGGGGACCACCACAGCUCCAAGCAUCAUCAUCGACACCAUCACAAACAAGACCACCAUAAACAUGGAGACCAAAACAUGUCACACCAGGGAGAUGGCCACAGUCCACACCAUCAUCAUAGACAUCACAAUAGUCCAACGCAACAUCAUGAAGGUCAUCACGGUCAACACCACCCUGAAAGCCACAUCAGUCCAGGCUAUCAACAGGCAGACCAACACAGUCCAGGCUUUGAUCAUGAAACCUCCUACAGUCUAACUAAUCAUCAUGAAGACGACCCUGACAGUCCAGACCAUCUUCAUAAAGACCACCACAGUACAGGCAAUGAGCAUCCUCAUGUUGAUUAUCACAAAACAAGUCUUCACCAAGAUCAUCCCCCUGAAUCUCAGUCAGAUCUUAGCCUGAAUAGUGAUCUUGGACAUAGUAUGCUUGCUGACCAUCAGACUCACAUAAAAGACUGUUUUACCAUUAGUCCACCUCCAAGAAGAACACAAGAAUGUCUUGUCAGCACUGAUUCAAAGAACACCAGUAAUCCCUCUCAUCUAGAUGAAGAACGGACAUGUUUCUCCAGUCCAUCCCAUGUUAAAGAAAACUCACAGGAAUUUGGCCAAAUCAUGAUUCUGCAGAACCAAAAUGAGGGUCGGCAUCAAAGUUUACUGAAGACAGCUGUGAGGAUGGAGUGUUUGGGAGAAGAAUUCAUCAGCAGCCAGAAGAUCCUGGAAACUGAACUUCAGAGGACACGCAUGGAGCUCAGCAACCUCAUGGAUAGGUUUAACAGGCUCCAUGAUGAUUGCUCCUCCACUCAACAGACCAACAGUCUUCUAGAGAAAAAGCUUCACUCAGUGCUUCAGAAAAUGGAAGGAGAACGCGAAAGGUUGAAUUUGCGUAUCUCCGAACUGACAGAUCAAUUGAGUGAAGUUGAAUAUGCCAACACCAUGGAAGAAAUAAAAGCAACAGCAGGUCUACACAAAAUCAACCAACAUACUGAUUGUGGUGAUGCCCUCCCUCAGAUUAUUCCUCCAAUCGCUCCCCCUCCGGCCCAGUUUAUGGACGGCCAUAGCUAUGGGACAGAAGCGACCUCUGCAUCAGAACAGGCUCUGGGUUCGGUUCCAGAGGAGGAGGAAUCUGACUGGUCCGAGGUUGGAGAAGAGACUCCACGCCUCUUACUAACGGGAACAAACAGAGGUCAGGCAUGGAGACAAGAAGCCGACAUGGACAAAGACAGCGAGUCCGGAAGUGAGGACCUUUCUAGAAGACACGCUCCCCGCUCACUGAAUAUACCUCAUCUUCAGUUCACUAUUCACAAUGAGUUCACGCCAUCAUCCUAUGCCAGUACUUUACCAUCUGGCUUCAAAAAUCUGACAGACAACAUGCAUAGCGAGGAGAGUUACAGGAUCACCACAAGCCCAAAUGUUAAGUCUGCCAUCCUGAUCCGGUCUGCAAGCCUGGAAGAAAUCCAUCUAACGCACCAUCAUGAAGAAUUCAGAGGAACAGAGGCCAUGAUGAACCUUCGUCAUUCAGCUGACGAAGCAAUCGAGGAUCUCGAUAAUCAGAUCAUUCAUCACUGGAGAAUAAGCAAUGAUAGGGACACAGUUAUCAGAAGGCUGACGAAGAGUGGAGGACCGAAGGCAGACGGCAGCUUAGCCUGCCUGGAGUCAGCAGAGCAGCUGCUUAAUCACUUCAUAUACGAAACCCCGCCGAGUGAAGGAAGGGAGCCGGGCUGUGUUGAGAAGCUUGGUUGGACAGGAGGGAUUUCAGAGGAAGUUCUGAAAGGGGAACGAACACAGCUCUGACUGAACACUGUUAAAAAAAAAAAAGAAAUAAUCGACUAAAGAUUGAGUUGCUGAAUCAUAACAGAUAUUUUAUGAUCAGCUGUAAAUAA